AGCAUCUAGAGUCCCAGCUUUCUUGCAAGUGAUUGACAAGCGUUUCCAUGUAAUAUAAUUUGUGUCCAUCCCAGUAAAUUAUUUUAUAUCUUCAAUGUCAUUAAUGUGGUAUUAUUCACGUCUGUGAUCUAAUUAAAUACUGAGACUUUGAUUAGAUGUCGCCACGUGGCCAAAUCUCAUUUAUUCAUGCCUCUGAGUUUCAAUCCGGUAGCGGGGGUCCAUAUGCUGUUUUUGCUACGAUCGUGUUGUCAUUUCUGGCAAUGUGUUGAAUAAAAUUUUGUAUUUUUUGUUAAAAAAUUAGUGUAGUAUAAACUCAUUUGUAUAAAAUAUUUCUGUUAGUAAUAAACAUGACGUAUUUAAGUUCAUGGGAAGAAUUUGAGAAGGGGGCUGAGAGGUUAUAUCUCCAAGACCCACUGAAGGCUCGGUAUACAAUGAAAUAUUGCCACACUAAAGGUGUCUUAUGUCUAAAGCUUACAGAUAAUCGAACAUGUCUACAAUAUAGAACAGAAAUAGCGCAAGACUUAAAGAAGAUGGAAAAAUUUAUAGGAAACCUUAUGAGGCACAUGGCUUCUAAAGAGAGCUAAAUAAGGGACUAGAUAAGAUUAGGGACACUUUUUUAUCAAGGAUUAAAAGUGCUGCGCAUUUAAUUCAUCGUUUAUGUUGUUCCAUUUCAUAAGAUUUUGCGACUGAUGGGAUUAUAGAUAUUUAAUUUGAAUGAGGUAUAAAAAACUUUCUUAAAUAUACAAUAUGUGCAUAAAUGUC